AUGGACGCCACCAUCUUCCUCCGCUUCGUCCGCAUGUGUCUGUUCAUUUUUGCCACCAUCUCUGUCUUCACCAUCGCCAUCUUGGUCCCUGUCUACCUGAACAACGCGGAUGCUACUGCCCUCAAGGAUAGGAAAUGGAUCGAGGUCAUUACGCCUAUUGCUGUCUGGGGUGAGAAGGCCUACUGGGCUCAGGUCGCGGUUGCGUACAUGAUCACUUUCACAGUCAUGGGCUUUCUGUGGUGGAACUAUCGCAAGGUUAUGCUGCUACGCCGCCGUUAUUUUGAGAGCGAGGAGUACCAGAACAGUCUGCACGCUCGCACAUUGAUGUUUUACGAUAUCCCCAAAGACCGAUGCUCUGACGAGGGCAUUGCAAGAAUCGUUGACGAAGUUGUGCCGAGCUCUUCCUUUGCCCGCACCGCCAUCGCUCGCAACGUCAAGGAUUUGCCCAAGCUGAUUGAGCAGCAUGAUCACACCGUUCGCAAGCUGGAGCAGGUGCUGGCCAAGUACCUCAAGAAGCCCGAUCGUUUGCCCGCCGCCCGCCCAAUGUGCAAGCCGUCUAAGAAGGAUCCCUCUUUCGAAACCUAUCCCAAGGGACAAAAGGUCGAUGCUAUCGAAUAUUUGACGCAGCGAAUCAAGGAAUUGGAGAUCGAGAUCAAAGAGGUCCGAGCAAGUGUCGACAAGCGCAGUACCAUGCCUUACGGUUUCGCGAGUUACUCUGACAUCGCCGAGGCACACAACAUUGCCUACGCUACCCGCAAGAAGCACCCUCAUGGCACCAGAAUCACCUUGGCUCCGAAGCCCAACGACAUCAUCUGGGACAAUCUGCCCCUGAGCCCCGCGACUAGACGGUGGAGGCGGAUUAUCAACAAUUUGUGGAUUGCGGUUCUCACCAUCGUAUGGAUUGUUCCCAACGCCAUGAUCGCCAUUUUCCUAAUCAACUUGGAAAACCUUGGCAACGUUUGGCUUGACUUCCGAACCGAGCUUCGCAAGAACCCAGAAUGGUGGGCUGUUGUCCAGGGUAUUGCAUCCCCUGCCAUCAUGUCUCUCGUCUAUCUUGUUCUUCCCAUGAUUUUCCGCCGCCUGUCCAUGAAAGCUGGUGACCAGACCAAGACUGGCCGUGAGAGGCAUGUGCUGGCCAAACUGUACGCCUUCUUUGUCUUCAACAACCUGAUCGUCUUCUCGCUUUUCAGCACCGUCUGGUCUUUUGUGUCUGCUGUCGUCCAGGAGGCCGGGGAGAAGAAGGAUGCCUGGAAGGCAAUCAUUGACCAAGAUAUUGUUGCUGCCGUUUUCACGGCUCUUUGCCAGGUCAGCCCCUUCUGGGUGACUUGGCUUCUGCAGCGCAACUUGGGUGCUGCUAUUGAUCUCGCCCAGCUUUGGAAGCUCGUCUAUAGCUUCUUCGUGCGCAAGUUUUCAAGCCCGACGCCCAGAGAGUUGAUCGAAUUGACCGCCCCGCCUACCUUCGAAUUCGCUUCGUACUACAACUACUUCCUGUACUACGCAACCAUCGCACUCGCCUUCUCUGGUAUUCAGCCCCUGGUUCUUCCGGCCGCUACGUUGUAUUACGCCAUUGACUACUGGCUCAAGAAGUACCUUUUGCUCUACAUUUUCGUUACCAAGACCGAGUCUGGCGGCAUGUUCUGGCGUGUUCUUUUCAACCGUUUCCUCUUUGGCGUCUUUUUGUCGCAUUGUACCUUUUUCCUUGGCGCGUGGGCCAGAUCGGAUUGGGCUUACCACAGUGUCGCAUUGGCUAUUGUACCUUUGCCAGUUAUUUUGAUCAUCUUCAAGAUUGUCUGCGCCCGCAUGUUCGACGCCAAGAUUCACUACUACUCCACGCAUAACGUUUCUAAGCAUCCUGAGGCCGGCGUGCAAAAGGAGACGCGCCUGCGCAGCGAGAGGUUGGCGUCGCGGUUCGGCCACCCUGCUCUGUACAAGCCGCUUAUCACCCCCAUGGUCCACCAGAAGGCGCAGUCCAUUUUGCCUGCCGUUUACAAGGGCCGUCUGAGCGACGGAAGGGAAAUCAACGGCAGCGACAUGAUGAGUGUUUCCGGAUACUCGGACGCCUAUGUGCUGGAUCCUAUGAAUUCAGGCAAGCCCGGAAAGUCAGCGGGUAUUCCAGGUUUCGAGUUUGUUUCUGAAUCUCACCUGGACUUCGAAUACUACAAGAACAGAGCCGAAUUCGCGGAAGAGCACGGUCAGGGCGAUCUUUUCGGCCGCAACCCCGACAUUAUGAGACCAGGCACUCCCGGAUCGAUGACAGACUACUCCGACAAUGGCUCUCGCCCCGGAACGCCCACUGGCCGACCUCUUCAAGGUGGAAUGACCGGUGCCCAGCCGCGCCAGGCUUCCAAUGCUGGCUUCCAGGCUUUUACCCCACCGUCAGGUUACAUGUCGCCGGCCAAUGGUCGCUCGUCCCCUACUGGAGGACUCCCUGCGCCACAAGCCGCUUUUGCACAGCAGUCGACGUAUGGCGACCGCUCGCGCAGUCCUCUAUACAACAUGGAUAACGGCAGUGACUCUGCGCUGGUGCGCAAUGCCGCCGGCAUGCCAGUGGCCACCCCAUCACCGGGUCCCACGGUUGGUGCCCUGGGCGGCGGACCGAGGGGUUACAGCGGACUCCCUCAGGCAGACGCAGACACUGUGGAGCACGACCCGACACAAUAUGACUACUUCCGUGGUUCGAGGCGGCGUAACGACGGAUGGUAA